AGAACUCUAUGAAAGAAAGAAAUAUGGUUGUGUGUCUCCCAACAGGCCAAGUUCUGGUAGAAAUUUCAAGAACGCACAAGAAACUUAAUGACAGUCUAGAGGAAAGUUUUAAGAAAUUUCAUAAGGAAAUUAUAUCUGAACUGGAGAAGAAAACAGACCUGGAUGUAAAAUACAUGACCGCAACUUUAAAGAGGUACCAAACCGAACACAGAAGUAAAUUGGAUUCCCUAGAGAAGUCUCAGGCUGAGCUGAAAAAAAUCCGAAGGAAAAGCCAAGGAGCACGAAAUGUAAUGAAAUAUGAGCAUAAAGAAAUGGAGUAUUUGGAAACCGUAAGCUCUCGACAGACUGACAUUCAGAGAUUUAUUGCAGAAGGCUGUAGAGAAGCUCUACUUGAAGAAAAAAGAAGAUUCUGCUUUCUAGUUGACAAGCACUGCAGUUUUACCCAGCACAUGCACUUCUAUCACGCUCAGUGUGCAGAAUUCCUCAAUGCCAAGCUGCCUGGGUGGCAGGAGAUCUGUAGUGAUGCCACCAAAGUUCCUGAAAAAGUCAAAAUGAUGAUUGAUGAAAUAAGGACACCUGGUUCCACUCCAAUAUCAGGAACUCCGCAGCCUUCACCAAUGACAGAGAGAAACACCACGAUUGGAAACAAUUAUUAUGCUCAUAAUGAAAAUGCAUCAAAGGUGCCCCCUGCUCCUGUUGGCAGGGCAUACACCAGUCCACUUGUGGACAUGUUCAGCAAUCCUGCCACGGGUCCAAAGGUGUCUCCUGAAAGGCCAACCAGUGCAGCAGAGAAUUCAGAUGAUGCCAGUUUAUCGCGCUCAACUUCUGUUGCCACAGGGCUGAACAUAAUGAAAAGGCAGAAAGUAAAGACAAUCUUUCCGCACACUGCUGGAAAUAACAAGACAUUACUUAGCUUUGCACAGGGAGACACCAUCGUACUUCUUGUAUCUGAAGAAAAGGAUGGCUGGCUUUAUGGGGAGCAUGAGUCAACUAAAGUAAAAGGAUGGUUUCCAUCAUCAUAUACUAGACCACUAGAAGAAACAGAAGAAAAAGCCUUUGUUCCAGUGCCAAGCACUGCGCCGGUUAGAAGCAUCAGCUCAGUCAAUCUUGCAGAAAAAGCUGGUGUUGUCCUCCCACCACCAGACUAUCUGGGUUCAACUCCAGAUAAGAGAAUGGAGUCUUCCAAAGGUACUGCUGCUAAAACACCAACUGACAAACCAGAAAGUGCAGGUCCGAAACCCGACAUGAAUGGCAUUGUAAAACCACCCUUUCUAAGUGGAGAAAAUCCUUUUGCAACUGUGAAACUCAGACCAACAGUAACAAACGACAGAUCAGCACCCAUUAUUCGAUGAAUAGAUGACCCUUACAAACAUCAUUUGCAGUAAUGACAAUUGCUAGCUAAACUUGUUCUAAAAAUUAUUUAAGUGUAAUUACUGUAAAAUAGAAUCAUACUGGUAUGGAUUUCUGAUUUUUAAAAGCAUUCUUUCUAAUGAGGCUGUUGCUUUGGGCUAUGGUUGGAGCAGCUCAGCUUGGUUCUACAGUACGCCUUCUGCAGGGGAUGGAAUUGUGGAGAUCCUGGAGAUCGUGUGGAUGCUCCAGGCAAUCUGACUAACUAAAAGCUCACAGAUCUGAGGAUUUGGCAUUUGUUGUUUGGAAAUUGCCACGGUAAGCUGUAGAAUGCAAGCCUUGCCUAUGCCACUUACUCAAUUAGAAAAGGCUGAUUGAUUUUUUUUAAUACAGCAAUGUACCAACUGCCUUAUUCCAGCGUAGAGAAUUGUCUGUAUACAGUGACAACACAUUAUUUUGUUUAAAAAGACACUCUUGGUUAUAAAUAAAUAUUUAUCCUCUAUGCAUAUGUAAUGCUUUGUUUAAUGGCAGAUACAAGUUAUAGAAAGUUAACAUAAACCUAUUUCAAGUCUAA